UGUUUCCUUUAGGAACAUUUAUUAUCAAAACAUGAGGAAAUGUCAGGGAUUUUAAUUAUUCAGUGGUUAUUCAGCAGUUACCAAGCACUGUAUUUGUUUAGGUUCCAGUUUUGUGAAAGUGAACAGAAGUCAGCAGCUCAGCCUGGCGCAGGGGAAGUAAGAGAAUGAAAUUCCACUAUGGUGAAGGUAGCAGUAGCUGAUGUGCAGUUUGGCCCCAUGAGAUUUCAUCCACAUCAACUCCAGGUACUUUUAGUGUUUACCAAAGAAGAUAACCAGUGUAAUGGAUUCUGCAGGGCAUGUGAAAAAGCAGGGUUUAAGUGCACAGUUACCAAGGAGGCUCAGGCUGUUCUUGCCUGUUUCCUGGACAAACAUCAUGACAUCAUCAUCAUAGACCACAGAAACCCCCGGCAGCUGGACGCAGAGGCGCUGUGCAGGUCUAUUAGAUCAUCAAAACUCUCUGAAAACACAGUUAUUAUUGGUGUAGUACGCAGGACGGAUAGAGAAGAGUCAUCUGUGAUGCCCCUCAUUGCUGCUGGCUUUACAAGGAGGUAUGUGGAAAACCCCAGCCUCAUGGCCUGUUACAAUGAACUGCUCCAGCUGGAGUUUGGAGAGGUGCGGUCCCAGCUAAAACUCAGGGCUUGUAACUCAAUAUUCACUGCAUUAGAGAGAAGUCAAGAAGCAAUUGAAAUUACAAGUGAAGACCACAUUAUACAGUAUGCAAAUCCUGCAUUUGAAACAACCAUGGGCUAUCAGUCAGGCGAAUUAAUAGGAAAGGAGUUAGCAGAAGUGCCUAUAAAUGAAAAAAAGGCUGAUUUGCUCGAUACUAUAAAUUCAUGCAUCAGGAUAGGCAAGGAGUGGCAAGGAAUCUACCACGCCAAAAAGAAAAAUGGAGAUAAUGUGCAACAAAAUGUGAAGAUAAUACCUGUCAUUGGACAGGGAGGGUAAGUGGAAAAACCAGGUACUCCAGUCAACAUGCCAUGUUUGGCUUAGUGCAAAAUUUGCUCUGAAUACUUCAGUAAGCUAAGAACUGCAUGCAGAUAUUUAAAAGAAAGACUUGUCACAAGGUCAGGUGUCAUCAGAGAACAGCCUUCCAGGUUACAGCAUCUUCAUGGCUGCAGCCUGACACCAUCUCCCCCCCCCCCACCGCCGCCCCCAGCUUGCGGCCCAGAGCCACCAGGCUCCAGACGGUCUUGCUUCCGCUGCAUGGACCAAGAGAGACUGAAGUAUUCCCAUUAGAAUGUCACGUUAUUAAGCUGUGUGGUAAGAACACUGACUGGUAGACUCCCUAUCUUUAAAAGAUUUUUAGCUAAUAUGAAAGCCUGUGUAUUAUUUCUGUGCAAACCUAUCAGACUAGAUAAAGGUAUUUAAAAUCUUCCCAUUUAUAGCAACUCUCAUAUAAAACAGAUGUGACUACAGGGCGCCUGGGUGGCUCAGU